AUGGAAGCCCUCAUCAAUGCAGUAGAGGCUCAGGGCGUCACGGUGCUCAAACCCGGGGACAAGCAAUACGAGUAUGCGGUAGCGACCGAGAAUCUCAUGUUCCGCUACUUGCGGCCGGCAUGUGUAAUUAAUGCAGCCAUCGACACGGCUCAGGUGCAGACCGUGGUCCGAGAAGCCCAGACACACAAGGGGCAUCUCACCAUCAAGAACGGCGGGCACUCGUACGCGGGAUUUUCGACGACCGACGGGGGCAUCCUCCUAGACCUCUCCCAGAUGAAGAACGUGACGCUCGACAUGACGGCCGGCGCCGAGACAGUCACAUUACAGGGGGGCGCGCGCUGGGGCCACGCGUACAAGAAGCUGGUAGACCAGCGCCAGGACGGCUUGGUCGUCAACGGCGGGCGUUGCCCCAUGGUGGGUGUGAGCGGUUUCGUGCUUGGCGGUGGCUUGAGCCCGUGCACGCGCAGCUUCAGUAUGGGCUGCGACACGCUACUCGAAGCCACCGCAAGAGCCACCAUCGUGACGGCUGACGGUAGCGAGGUGACGGUUACGAGACACGACGAAAAUGAGGACAAGAGGAAGCUGUUCUGGGCGCUCUGUGGGGCGGGCUGCGGUAAUUUUGGGGUCGUCGUCGAGCUCAAGAUGCAGCUGCAGAAGCUGGCAAGCGACAAUGUGGUCGCUGGCUUGUUCGUAUGGGCGCCCAAGCCCGAUCCGGUCGCAAUGGACGCCUUCAUGAACACCAUGGUUGAGUUUUACACGGCCGAAUGGCCCAACAAAACCACCAUCGACAGCUCGUGGGUGUGCAACCUCGAAGACGCCAGAUCCGAGCUCAGGGUCCGCUUCCCCAUCUACCACAAUGCCAAGCAGUUCAAGCUGCGUUCGGCAGCGGAGUCGUCGACGCGGUUCCUCUUGGAGACGCUUGUGUCGCAGUGGUCCUUCGAGAACCAGAGUACCCUUUCGUCGGCGACGGGAAGGAACGAGAUGGCGGCGUUUCGGGGGGAAUUCACCGGCGAGGAGGCUUUCCUGCAGGUGACGUGGAUUCACACUGGCGGAGAGGCGAACCGAGACAAGACACCAGAAACCACGGCGUUCCCAUGGCGCACUUGUGCCUACCAAACCUACGUCAUGCUCGAGUGGAAGGAGAAGUGGCUGACUACGAGCAUGAAGACUUUCCUAAGGAAGAUGGAAACCGAGCUGAGGAAGUAUUCAAUCAACAGCCGCGCGGCCUUUAUUAACUUUGCCGAUGGCGAACUCCAAGCGCACGAGGAGGCCUACUUUGGGACAAACGCUGAGGCACUGCGCAAGGUCAAGGAGAAAUGGGACGCCGACUUCUUCUUCAAGUCAGUUCAGGGCGUCGGGCUCCCGCCCCAGCUCCAAAUCCCACACGCUAGAACCCAGGGUGUUUCCGCCCAGGAUGGUACCACCCGGGUUGGCCAGGGUGGUUCCUUCGUUUCCGAGUCCGCCUACGGUGAUCCCGGCCGCGGUGGUUCCGCCAGUAUGCACGCGUCUCCGGCCGUACGCAGUGGAAGUACCAGUGUGACUAAACAAUUCGUGGAGAGGAAGGACAAGCCAGUUAAUCCCAUGGUGGACAAAAUGUCAAUGGCGGAGACUGUCAGGAACCAAUUCGAACGUGGCGGGUCGCUGUCCUUACUUGAUUUCGGGUUUUAA